CUAACGUUCGGACCGCAAAUUGAUAGUUGUUACAUAAAGAAGAGCGAAGAGCUACAGAGCGAGGAUGGUCGUCAACGCAUCCCCUGCUAAUUCGAGCGCUGAUCUUUUUACCUGUUACGAUCCGUCCAUUUUCAUUCGAGCGCCAAGCACACUCCACACGAACUACAUUAUAGUUGCUGUUUUCAACGCUAUCCUCUCAGUAACAGCCACUUUGGGUAAUACUUUGAUUCUGUUCGCGCUUAAGAAAGCUACCACCCUGAAUCGUACUUCAAAUUACCUUCUGUGCUGUCUCGCUGUUUCUGAUUUGAUGGUCGGCCUUGUUGUACAGCCAUUACACGUUAUUUACUGUAUAUACGGAAUCAUCGGUGGUUCUAAAGUACGCUGUUACUCGCGAAUCCUCUUCCAGUGGACAUCAGAUUAUUUUUUUGCAGUUUCCUUUCUGACGAUUGUGGCUAUUAGUGUGGAUCGCUAUUUCACCUUAUGUAAGCGUCACGCUUAUCGGUCAACCCUUACAGCCAACAAAACAAGAGCAGUGAUUGCAUUUGUUUGGAUAACUUGCCUGAGUUUCCCUCUUGGUCGUCUUGUGAGUUCUUCCAUUUCAAUGAUUCUGUCUUCCGUUAUUUUUAUCAUUUUUCUCCUGAUCCCAUCAUUCACGAUUUUCAAGAUUUACCGCUUUCUCAAACAACACGAGAUUCAGAUUUCUUCUAGUAUGAAAAAAUCUUCUGCGGCGGGCGUUAAAACCGGAGGAUUCGAUGUUUUGCAGUACAAACGCUCCAUAGCAACAUUGAUCUGCGUCUACCUUACUCUCCUUGUUUGUUUUCUACCAUCAAUCGCUGUCACUGCGGCCUGGAUAACUGCGGAUCGACCUGGAAAAUUACGACUCAUCAAAGUGGGAAAUUUCUCACUGACUUUUAUAAUGUUUAAUUCAACCCUUAACCCACCCCUGUAUUGUUGGAGGAUCAGAGAGGUUCGUCAGCUAAUAAUCAACUUAUUGAAUAAAUUUUUUUGUUGUAAGAUCGAUCGAAAUCACAGAAAUAGUGUUUCUUCUAAGACUUCUGAAGAUACCCGUUUAUGGGGUAAAAGUCCAGGGCGGAUGGCUGUCAUUAGCUGCCUCAAAUGGGUCAUUCUUUCGAGGUUAGAUAUAUCAAGAUUGCUUCGGAUUUGCUGCGUUUUUGGAGUUUCAGUACAAACAGUCUAUAUGUUUGUAAUAAUUGUGAGAGAAGCGUUAAAAUCUUCUUCCGAAAAGACAAAUAGUCAUCAAUCUGCAACUCAAGUUUUGUUCUUUCCGGACAAAGUUUUCGCAUGCCAGCAGUUUCUAUUCAAUGGAGGCUGUAGUAGGAAAAACUGUCAGUUUUCUCACGAAGAGACCUCAUUAAGUAAGCUUGUGAGAGUUUUAUCUGAAGCUAAACAAAGCUUGGACGUUUGUGUUUUUACAAUUAACUGUCGCGAGCUUGCAGAUGCGGUCAUUCGACAACACAAGAACGGUGUCGUUGUCCGAGUGCUGACAGAUGAUGAACAGAUGGGUUCGACUGGUUCUCAGAUUGAGAAGUUUCGACGCGAAGGAAUCCAAGUUCGCCACGAUCUUUCUUCGUUCUUCAUGCAUCACAAAUUUGCCGUCAUUGAUCGAAAAACACUUGUUAAUGGAUCCUUUAACUGGACAAGGCAAGCGGUGACUGGAAAUAGAGAGAACGUAGUUAUUUCAAGUGAAGAAUUCGUUGUCAGAUUGUUCGCAGAGGAAUUUGAAAAACUAUGGGAAGAGUACGAUCCUUCUAAAAGAUUUGGGGUCUCGUGAAAGAUUUUCACAUCUAGGACUACGAGACUGACAUUUUACUCUAGUUAUUCUCAUGAGUAUCCCAACUUGUGAUCACACCUCACCGCUCGCCAACAUCCACUCAGGAAAUUCCUCGCUUAUUUCGCGAAUGAAAAAGUUUCUAUGUAAACUAGUAUUUGAUUUUUUAGGAACUCGUUACUAAGUCUCUCUCAGAUGCCUUAAUACCUAACGUUCUUACCUUAAGUUUUUAUUCUUUACGCAUUAUCUUAGCAUCCUUAAUGAUAUUUUUUUUAACUCACUACUACAACUGGUUACCAAUCUCUCUUUAUUGUUUUCCUUUUUUCUCGACACGUCUUUCUAAUGCCAAAUUACUUAGACCUAGCUAGGUAAUACAAACAAGUAGCUUGAAUACAUGUGACCUCCCCUACUCCUAGUUGAGAAAAAUUGCCUAGUUUUAUAAAUGAUGUGCAUGAUUCCUUGAUCUCCUCUCAAGAUGUGUUCUCAUGAUGUACUUUUUUCCUUACAUGGGGAAGAGAAUGCAUUGGUGGUGAAGCAAAACAGUGGCUAUGAACAAAACAAACAAUCUCCCUUGUAAGAGAAUAAUUUUUUUAAUUUGUUGCCUCUAUGAAAAUUAAGAUUUUUAAUACUUGUGAGUAAUUAGAAUUGUUCUGCAUUGCAAACUUUACAAGAUAUUAAAUUUCAUUAACACACUUUUGUUUCUAGAAGUAACUCUACACAUAGAGAAAAUAAUGAAGUAUGAUCAAUCUUGUAUUAGUGUUAGUUAUUUCAUCACUUCAGUGGCAAUCAUUAUACUUAAAUUAAAUUUUAGUGCCACAAGGUCUCCUGUACUAUACUAUAUUCUUGACAUUGCCAUUACUGACAUCAAGAAAUUAAUAUUUAAGUUGA